AAACAAUUUAAGGAAAAACCAGGAGGUCCGGCCCUGUUAUUUCACAGGUCUUUACAAGCUUAUCCACGCGGGUCCCAGUGAGCAGAAUGGCCACAGACUGGUUGGGCAGCAUUGUGUCUAUAAAUUGUGGGGUUACGUUGGGGGUUUAUCAGGGAGAAGUGUCAUCUGUUGAUCACACCAGUCAGACCAUUUCACUGAGACAGCCCUGUCACAAUGGAGUCAAGUGUCCCGUUUCUGAGGUCACCUUAAGUGCCAUGGAUAUCAAGGAAUUGAAAUUCUUAGACAUCCAGGACACAGCAAAUAAGUGCACCUCUAGGCAGGGGUCUGCAACAGAACCCAGCUUAAUAUCAGCAGGACGCCAUGGCCAGGAUAACAGAUCAACUCACUCACAUGCAACAAAUGACAGCUCUCAUUCCAGCGCUGCUCCGAUCACCAUCCUACGAAGAGUUCCUGCAGGUUUAUCUAACAGCAGAGGGGCGAUGCAUGCCACACCAAGGAGGAACAUUGCGAGGAAUGGUGGCUUUGGAGGGCCAGUGAGGUCUAAGGAUGACGAGUGCUUUGGUGAAGGGACCGACGAAGACUUGGACACUGAUUUUGACUUUGAAGGAAACUUGGCUCUGUUCGACAAGGCCGCUGUUUUCUCUCAGAUAGAUGGGACCAGUGGGCACACGAACAAGGCACAGCAUCACAGCACGCAGACCGAGCAGAAGCCACAGUCCUAUCGCCACGAUGAGAAUAUACUGGAGGGGAAGCCUGUCAUAUACAGACAGAUAACUGUGCCUCAACAUGGGGGUAAAGAGUUCUGUACUGAUUCAGGUCUGGUGGUUCCCAGCGUUCCAUAUGAGUUUCAUAAGCGUCUUCUAGGAGCUGCAGAGCGCUGGGGCUUGUCUCUUGAGCGCAGGCUGGAGACGAUUGGUGUUUGCUCCGGUCAGAUGGCUCUCUCAUUGCUUGGUGGACCAAACAGGCUCAACCCCAAAAACAUCCACCAGAGGCCAACAGUGGUCAUUCUGUGUGGUCCCCACAUUCAGGGUGCCCAGGGCAUCAGCUGUGGUAGACACCUGGCUAACCAUGAAGUGGAGGUUAUCUUAUUUCUGCCCAACUUUGUCAAGAUGGAGGAGUCGGUCACCAGUGAGGUCAGCCUGUACAACAGGACCAAUGGUGUGCAGGUGUCCAGCGUCAAAGAUUUGCCUGUGAGUCCAAUUGAUCUGGUCAUCAACUGCCUGGACAGCCAUGAGAAUCCACUACUGAGAGAGCAGUCCUGGUACCAGUCCACUGCUGACUGGGCCAACAGAAACCGGGCACCAGUCCUAAGUAUUGAUCCUCCAGCCAACGGGCAGCCUCAGACUGUGGAGGCAAAGUGGACCCUGUCUGUAGGACUUCCACUGCCGUUAGCAGAGAGUCAGAGCAGACCCUACCUGUGUGACAUUGGCAUUCCCAAGCUGGUUUACCAAGAAGUUGGCAUCAGCUACCACUCACCUUUCGGAUGUAAAUUUGUCAUCCCUCUGCACCCGGCAUAGGGAUCAGAGGAAGGUGAAGCAUUGUUCAUAUGGUGGACCAUAUUUAUGACCAAAAACAAAACUUUGUUAAAGGUUUUCCACACAUUUGAGAGCAUCUUAUCAAGACUAAACUGUGCAUGAGCUGAGAUUUGUCCUCUCAGUGGUUGCCACUUGUUGCGUGCAGCCCCUCUUAUUUUUGAGAAGGAAAGGCUUCCUGUUCUUUGUCAUGUUUUGAUAAGGGUCCUGUGCUGAUGGGAAUAUGUUUACAAAAAUGCUGACCACUGAGUCUUUCUUUGACUUUUGACUCCUGUGGUCAGUCAAAGCAGCAGGAACACAGUUCCUGUUUCCUUCUUUUAGAUUGCGAGUGGAGACUGGUCCUGACCCUGAGACUUGGAGCACAGCUCAACCUGAAUCUGUCUACCAAUCCUCAACUACCAUUCAUCUUUCACUGUUGAUGUCUGUUACUCACUGAUGCUCCAAAUUUAUUGUAAUUUAUUCCUCUCAGAUAGGUGCUUUUUUGUCAAGUACUGUAUUAGUUGUAACAUUAGUAAAACGGUGAUUAUUAUGCAGAAUAUAUGUUUGUAUUUAUAUUUUAUGCAUCUCAGGAAUAAUCUAAAAAAUAACUUGUAUUAACAUUAAAUUGAUGGUAAUUUUUCAACCACUACCUGAAGAUAAAAAGAGCAGGCAGCUUUAUUUUCAAGGAUUGUGGCUGUUUUGAAGUAGAGAAACUGUAAAUAUGAAACAUUAUUCAUUUUGACACUUCCAGGGAAAUAAGCAACUCUUGAUCAGCAUUGAUGUUUUGUUAAAACUUUGGUAAAGCUUUACCACAACACAGAACAUAGCUGUGUGUUUACAUGGAAAAAUGAUGCAAGAAGAACAGAAAUUUGUCUAAUAAACUUCUGUUCGGGUCAUGCAGAAUGCAGUAUUUUCAGUAGAAAUGUGAGUCUGAUGAGCUGUUAGCUUUUACUCUAACAGACUCGCUACAUUUCUUUAGCUUUUUUGUACUUAUUUAAAGCGUCUAAAGACAUUAAAUUUGUACUAAUUUUUCUAUGUUGUGAAAAACGAGUGAUCAUUUUGGAUACGGUAGUGGCUUUUUUUUUGCCACAGGCAAUAAUAAUUAAUUGAGCAGUUUGUGUUGAAUAUUUGGUUGACAGCUAUUACUGCAAAUUCUUACCUUGAGAAAAGAAAUCUCCUCAAAAAUCCCUUCACUCAGGA